CUAUAUAAAGGGAGAAGUUAGUAGAAAAGAUAAUUAUUUUCAGAGAAGUUACUUUUGGCUGUUCACUCAAUUCACCGAAAUGAUUCAGAUUUCUCUCUGCACCUACAUGCUUUCCAUUCUGCUGGUAACACAGCUGAUUGAUCACAUACAAAUGGAAUCCUUCCUUAUCCCUGUCUACCAGCAUUGGGAUGAUGAAUUGGCUCAGUAUCACAUAUGUGAGCAAUGCCCUCCUGGUACCUACAGAAAGACACACUGCAAUGUAGAAAAGAGGACUGAAUGUGCAUCUUGUCCUGAUUCACAUUACACAGAAUAUUGGAAUUACCUGGAUGAAUGUCAAUAUUGCAACAUGUUUUGCAAAGAAUAUCAGCAUGUUAAACACGAAUGCAAUAGCACUCGCAACCGUGUCUGUGAAUGUAUCGAAGGUCACUACUUUGAAUUUGAGUUUUGCCUAAAGCACUAUAAAUGCCCACCAGGAUUUGGUGUAAAGAGGCUUGGAACUCCAUAUUUCAAUACAGAAUGCAUGAAGUGUCCAAAGGGCUUUUUCUCAAUGAACAGGUCUGCCAUCCAACCCUGUCAAAAGCACACAAACUGCACUGCACUUGGCUUGAAACAGAUUCUCAGAGGAAAUGCAUUUCAAGAUAAUGUGUGCCAGUCAUGUCAGGACAGUGAGGCACCAAACUCAGUGUGUUCUGACCUACUUUCAAGGAAAGAAAUUGCACUCUGUGACCAGGCAGCCUUUAAAUUUAUCGCUCGUCAGAAACUGACACUGAAACAGUUGAGAAUGCUGUUGGAGAAUCUGCCUGGGAAGAAAAUAAGCACACAACAUUUGGAAGGGGCUAGGUGGACAAGUUCAGGCCGGGUUCAAACCUUCCGACUUCUGAAACAAUGGAAAGUUGCAAACUUUCACUUGAAUACUGUGAAUGGUCUAAUGCGUGGCCUGAAAGAAGCCAACAUGCAUAAUGUGUACACAAAGCUGCUGCACAGGCUUUGAAUAAACAAAAGUAGUGUGAAUGUAUUGGAAAGGGAGGGAAGAAAUGAAGUGUGACAGCACAGCAUCAAAUUUAGCAUCAGAAAUCUUACUGUUAAUGAUUGUUUGCUGACAGUGGCACGUUACCACAUUUAAACGAUUACAAAAAAAGCAUGCUGUGUUAGGAAUACAUGUCAGAAUUAAAACUGGGUUCUGAUUGCCGAAAACUACUGUCAACACUGUGAAUUAGAUACAUAUGCAGCAAAUCUCUGAAUCUUUGCUCAAUCUUAUCCACAUUAAGUCGAUAAUCUUACAUUUACCGUUGAUUUAUAGCAGAGUAGAAGGAUUUUUUGUCAAAUGCAUUUUAGAACUUUUAUAUUUGUGUACCU